GCUGUCCCUACUUUAAUCGAGCUCACAACCCCGGAUCUUCAUACUGUACUCUUCUUCUUCCACAAAAGCCACAUCUAGAACAUCCGAGAUACCACAAUCAUGUCCUCUGCACUCCUACACCCACCUGCACAUCUCCCGCCAGCACUGGCCUUACAAAACUCUCAACAAGCUCCCUCUAUAUUGCGAAACACUCCUUCAUCGAUAUCAUCAUGGUCCUUGAGCUCGAUCUGGACAGCUGCGGAAUCGCCAGAACUGUGGACUACUUACGAAAACCUAUUAAUGUCAUGCUUGCGAACUGGUGAUGAGAAAUCUGCGCAGCUAUGCAUCAAGCGACUCCAGGAGAGGUUCGGGGUUGAAAAUGAGCGGAUUAUGGCAAUGAGAGGAUUACUCUGUGAAGUCAAUGCAGAAGACAAUGCAGCAUUACAAAAAGUGCUAGAUGGAUACGAACAAAACUUAUCGGACAAUCCAAAUAACAUGCCUAUCUUGAAACGUCGUAUUUCGGUUCUCAGGUCACUUGGAAAGACCUCAGAGGCAAUUACCGCACUCAAUGAGUUGUUGGACUUAUCCCCCACGGAUGCAGAAUCCUGGGCAGAGUUGGCAGAUCUUUACGUUUCGCAGGGCAUGUAUCCACAAGGAAUUUUUGCGUUGGAAGAGGUCCUGCUCAUCACACCUAAUGCAUGGAAUAUGCAUGCCCGACUCGGAGAGAUACUAUAUAUUGCCGCGGGUGUGAAUGAUUCGAACUCGGACCGGUACCUUGCAGACUCUUUGCGAAGAUUUUGUAGAAGCAUCGAAUUAUGUGAUGACUAUCUUCGUGGAUACUACGGCUUGAAAUUGGCUAGUAGUCAACUUCUCCGCAAGCCCCCAACAAGUCGAAACAGCAAACCAGACAAUAAUCCGCCCUUCCCAGAUACAAACACAGUGGAGAAGCUGAAUGAGACUGCUACAUCUAAAUUAUCGGAAAUCGUUCGACGAAGUGCUGCUAAAGAACCUGGCUGGGAGGGCUAUGACGAAGCUUCCCUCAUCGCCGCUCGUGAAUUAUUGAAUAGAGAUUCGGGUUCUAUUACUCGUUGAUAUUCAUAGAAAUUGAUCAGUUCUCAGAAUGUGGAACAUGCAAGGCACAUCAUUUUGAUCCUGGAGACACAAGAUCCACAUUUUGGAACAUGAAUUCCCAUCAUUAUUUUCAACGUCGGAUGUAUGCACUCGCACAUUCAAAAGUGCAAGGUUCGAUAUGGUUUUUCAAUUCGAAAAUUUCUUCCAUCUAUAAAUUGGGGUUGCGACUUGCAUGAGAAUGUUACCGUUCCAAUCCGUCAUUUCAAAUGUCAUGGGCUAGAAUUGGACAAUCGAAAGGUAGGUUACAAGCCCCUCCCGAGGUCGUGGCACCAGUAGGAGCGCAUUCAUGAAUCUCGGUGCCCAAUCAUUGAAUUGGCGAUUAGCUUUGCCACAUUGGGCAAGAGGCUCGGAAUUCUUGGGCAUCUUUAGGCUGUUAAAAAAGGCGGUGACGAGAUUUUUUUUAGGCGGCUCUAAUCAUUUGAACCUAUCCGAACCUGAAAGAAACAAUUCAGAGAUGAGUCUUUUAGAAUCGUGACAACGCACGGGUUUAGAAGGGCUGGUAUAUGUAGAUAGAGUCAGCCUUGAGGGUGGUCGAUUACAGCUGACACCGCAAUAAUUCCUUGAUUUUUGUCCCGAAUACUACACAAGUUGUAUCUAUACAUCAGAGUUUCCCAUUGUC